UUGGACACUGAGAACAGCCUAUCACUCCGAUAGGCCAGAAUAGGAAUUCGGUCAACUGAGUCUAAAUGAAACCACAUCCCCUUCUUCAAACUCGCUGUAGGAGUAAUUGAUAUCUUCUUCAAAGUAAACGACUGGAAUAUUACCCGUUUCAACAAAUGAUAUACAAGUUUUGGGAACUAAAGAGACUCAAAGAAUGGGCACCAACCCCCGCUGACAUCAGCUUCAUCUACAGCUAGAGCAGAGGAAGGGGCAUCAAGGGGAAUAGGGGGGUCAUUUUCUGUAGAAAUGGAGGAAGGACCAUGUACAGUGGAGAGAUGGAUGAAAUGGGAGUAGACAUGAGUGUGAGAGGUCUAGAUAAACUAGGUGGGUAGGUAUUUAUAUAUGAGGAAGAAGUGUAUUGACAGACACACAGUUCAUAUACUCAUAUCAGCUGAGACCCAUUAACUUAUAGAUAGAGAGGGAUGGAGUGUGGAGAGAGUAUCCUGUGUGGGUCUGGGGAGCUGGAUCUGGACCCUGACAUUGUGAGUGAAGAGGCUGGGAAACUGUACUCAGAACUACAGACAGUGAUAGAGACCCAUGGCGUAGGGGUUGUGGAGUCCCUGGUGCCCAUCCUAGUAUGGGUCCUGGAGGGUCUGGCCAGCUGCAGAGCCCAGCUCCGAGAGAGGGAGGAGGAGGCCGAAAGAGAGAAAGGAGAGCGAGAUGAGCUAUUGGAGAGAUACCAGAGUGAGAAACUACUGAGGAGAGAGAGCCAGGAGCGGUAUCUGGAGUUGGAUGACCAGAUUGAGCAGGAGCGGAGGACAAUGAGGGGAAGAGAGAAGGAGAGAGAGAGGAGGGAAAAAGAACUGGAGAAGAAGGCCAGAGAGCAGGCUGACCAAUUGGUGGCCUUGGAGGAGCAGAGGGCUGGACUGGGCAGAGAGUUGAACACACUGAAGCACACUCACAACAAGUUGGUGCUCAGUUAUAAGGAUCUGCUGGAAAGGAAAAGGGAUCUAGAGAGAGAGGGAUCUCCACUAAGUAACCAUGUGCGCUCCAAGAAUUCACAAUCUACCCAGGGCCAGUCAGAAUCCUGUGUUAGCGGACAGGAGCUAACUGAUCAAAGGCCAGAAACACCUCCUUGUUCUGUCCUGUUGGAAGAACCGGUAACCAAGGACGAUAGGGUGAUUGACAUUGUCGUAAAGCCAGACAGAGAUGCGUCCUUCAUCAAUGACAUCAUAAGCUCCACCCCUGAGCUGGCGAAGUUUCAUGGCCUUAUGAAUGCCAGCACCCCGGUCCGAGCAGACGCCAAAGAGCCAAUCAGAGACAAGACCAGCACGGGGGAAGAAAUUAAGGAGGUGGAGGAGAAGGAAGGAGAGAAGAAGGAGGAGGAGGAGAAAAAAGAGGAAGGAGCAAAGCAGGAGAAGGAGGAUGAGGAGGAGGAUAUGGAUAGUCUGGAAUGGGAGCUGAGGAACACGGAGUCUGUGUUCUCAGAGCUGUCUGAGCUGAGUCAGGAAUACAUAGAGAGUGUGGACCAGGGGGCCAGUGUCAGAGGCAGCACCGACCAGUUUGAGGAGAUUCUUUCUCAGUAUGAGGAACUGAAACACACCCAUGAGUUAGUGAAUGCUGCCCGGAAAGCACUGAUCUCUCGUGUGGAGGAGCUGACCAAUGAGAGGUCAGCUCUUAAGGUGGAGGUGACUUCCUGCCAGGAGACUGUCACCCGAUUGGAGGGAAGAAUGAAGGAGAUGGAGGAGGAAACCAAGAGACUUCGGAAAGAACUGGAAGCAAAUCAAUCAGAUGAUGAUUCCUCUCUGCCCAUAUCGCUGCGUCGGUUCUCUCGUUCGGAGAUGUCCCGUGUUGUCAUGGAGAAGAACCAGUAUAAGGAGCGUUUGUUUGAGCUGCAGGAGGCUGUGAGACGCAGUCAGACCAUUCGGGCAACCCAAGAAGAGAGAAUCACUGAGAGAGAGAGGACUAGUGUGUGGAGAAGAUUCAACCGUUUGUUUGGCCUGAACAAGAACCCCUUGGUUCCGUCUGCUGCUCUAGCGCUGACCCUGCCGACGUCCCCGUCCCUCACUCAUUCACCAAUGGGGUCUCCACGGCAAUUGGCUGUCAGUACGACUCAGACAGUUGGUGCCUCCCCUGCUACAGCCCUGUCUCCGCGGGUCAGGAGGAGGGAGCUGUACAGAGACAUCCGCUCCCAUGUCUGGGGAACCCUGGGAAAACGCCAGGUUCAUGGCUGGAGCAUGCCGCUGUCUCACACACAGGAUUCCUCAGAGCCGACCCCUGAGCCCAAAGAUGUGCCUGUCCUAGUGCAGCUCAGACUGAUGGACCAGAGAGAUUCUACAGCUAAGCUAAACUGUGCUGUUGCUGUUACACCUGAGAUCUCAGGCGAGACAACGUGUGCAGUGUGGGUGGUCUCUGGUCCCGCCUCCAGUAGUGAUGUCACAGUGAUCAACCCUGCACGGUCCAAUACGGUGCUGGAUCAGUUCAGCCUCCCGCCCACCUCGCCCGCCCUAUGCAUCUGUGCUGUGCCCCCUACUGGUGAGACCUCAGGAACUGUGUGGAUUGGAACUCAGGAAGGAAGUGUAUUGGUACACUCCGCGUCCACAGCUAGAAGGCGCUGUCUGCAGUCUAUCUCUCUGUCUGAGGGUGUGCACUCUCUCACGUAUUCACAGGGUCAUGUCAUUGCUGGAUUAGCCAAUGGGACGCUUGCAUUCUUCUCGCACAACCCAGGUGGAUGGGAUCUCCAAUCACAUGAGGUUUUGCCUCUGGGAUCAACUCCACUGCAGCCCAUUCGCUGUUGCCUAGCGAAGGGUGCGUACUUAUGGGUAGGAUAUUGGAAUCGGGUUCAUGUGGUCGAUGUCGAGAAUAGAAAAGUGGAGCAAACUUUAACCGUCUCGGAGCGCAGUGAGCAGCAGGUGCGUUUCCUGUGUGCGGCAGGAAGUGGUGUGUGGACGUCCUGCCGGCUCGACCCUACACUUAGGCUUUUCGAUUGGUCCACUGGCCGGCUCCUGCAGGAUGUGGAUCUGACCCCUCUGGUCACCAAAACACUGGGCCCUGCCUUCUUGUCUCUCUCCCCGCUGCAGAUCUCCUCCCUCACCGUCAUCUCUGGCCGGCUGUGGGUGGGAACAGGAAGUGGCGCCAUCUUCUCCAUCCCUGUGUCUCUCAGUUCAGAGUCUGCCUCUAUACCAUACUGCUCUUUGGCGGCAGCACAACUGUGUUACCAUGGACACCGCCAGGCUGUCAAGUUCAUCAUUGCUGCACCUGGCUGUGUGACCAGCUCCUCUACAAUAGGAGGCGGUGCUGUGACUCUAGUCUCUACCUCUCAACUCAUUCUCAGUGGAGGAGAGGGCUACAUCAACUUCCGCAUCGGCGACGACGCGAAUGACGGUGCGCCCGAAGCUGCCCCGCUGCGAUCAGACCGCAGUCACAUGAUCAUCUGGCAGAGCCCCACCCCCUCCCUGCCCAGCGCCGCCCUUUGACCACACCCACAUCUAGUCUAGAAUGAGACAUGGAAGGAUUAGACAGAGAUGUCAUACAAGAGACCAGGAAGUACAAAUGGGAGCCAUGUUUUAAUGGGCUUCAUUCACUAGGAGUUCCAUUUGGAUUUUUGUUCUAGAAUUUUGGGAUUAAAUUAAGACAUCGCAGCUUAAUCCUUCUUGUCUCAUUCUGUUAUUCAGUUGCUACCCUCACCCCCUUGACUAAACCUUUCACCUGGUUAACCCAGUCUCCUCUGUGUGCCUUAAUGUGAUUUGACAAUCGUUGCUGUGAGAUUGGUUAUUGUACAAUGUUUUGUGUUUUUUUGUGAAACAUGUUUCCUCAUCAUGGUAAUCAUAUAUGGGCAGCAGGUAGCCUAGCGGUUAAGAGCGUUGGGCCAGUACCCGAAAGAUCGCUGGUUUGAAAACCUAAGCUGACUAGGUCAAAAAUCGGUCUGUGCACAAGAGCAAGGCGCUUAACCCUAAUUACUCCUGUAAAUCACUCUGGAUAAGAGUGUGUGCUAAAUGACUCAAAUGUAAAUAUCAUCAUCACUGUAGCAAAGUAUUUUACAGUAAGAGUCAUCAUCUCUGACUUUUGGUUGGUCAGUUAAGAAUGGUUUGGGUUUGUUUUAACCACAAAACAUGCACACUCAGUAGCAUAUCAUUCCAUGACGUUGGCACAAGGCAUUAUACCCUUGUUCAAACUCGUUUACAUUGAUACUGAGAUGUAGUGUUGAAGCUGCUGGGUUCAUAAUAACUAUUCUUGCAUAAGACCCUGGCCUUCAGUUCCCAUUGCAUGCUGGGUAAAUCUGCAGCGUAAUUGCACUUUAUUAUCGUGUGUGUGUGUGUGUGUGUCUUAAAUCUUUUGAAAUGAUUGGCUAAUCCUCUUAAAGAUCCCAGAGAAAUGAUCUUAUGUCUGCUCGUUAUGACUUUGUGAAACACACAUGGUUUGUUAAAACAAAAAAAUGUAAGUUUUCAUUUGCAGAGCGAUAAGGGAGUGGAAGUCUCAAAAGAUACUUAAAGUAUUUUAUGCCGGUUUUGAAAGUGUGUUUGUGUGUGUGAAUCAUGUCUGAAAAUGUUCAUCAUAACUGGACUCUAUGCAAGAUAAUCUGUAUCUACUUAAAUCUAUGAAAAAUAAACUUUGGGAAAUACU